AUGAAAGAAAAUCUUAAUAAGGAUGAAUCUACUAUUGGUGCUAUAAUAAGACCCACAACUUCUUCAAUUAUACAUACUACAAUACGCAAAGUGACAGCAAAGAUUUUAAUAGAUUUUCCACCAGCGGCUUAUAAAAAUCCAACGGAAAGUGUUUAUACAAUUAUGAAUUCUUUAAUAAUGAAAUAUAAUGAACAAUUAGGCGGAUUUGUAAUAAGUUAUGAAAAUUUGGUAAAAUUAGAUGAUUCAGGAUAUAUAUUUGAAGAUUCACCAUAUGUGCAUUUUUUUGUUCAGGCAGAUUGGACUAUUUGGUCAGCACCAAAUGGCAGUAAAUUAAUUGGUAAAGUUGUGGGUCAAUCAAACAAUCAUAUUGGAUUAUUGGUACUUGAUAUAUUUAAUGUAAAAAUUCCUUAUACAAACAUGCCUAAUGAGAUAUUUGAAUGGGAUGGGCAAAAUGACCUGGUUGAGAAAUUGCUUACAAUAGAAAAUAUUCAAUUGGAAUUAGUGACGACGCAACAAACUAUAGGAAGUUGGAUAGAUAAGAGAACAGGUGAAAAAUUAAUUGAUAGAUUUAUUGAAUUUGAAGUAGUAAGUAAUACUGCUAGUAUUUCACGACGCAUGCAUCAUAGUAAUGUUCAUAACCAACAUCAAUCAACAGGAGGAGGAGGAAAUCAAGUACGAAAAUUUAAAAGAAAUCAAUUAAAAGAUCCUAAUGCGCCGAAAAGACCAAAUACUGCAUAUAUUUUGUUUAGCAAUGAAAUUCGUCCAGAGACUAAAGAUGCUAAUCCAAAAGCAAAUCAAAAAGAAAUAGUCACUAUGAUUGGUCAAAAAUGGAAAGCUCUUUCUAGUGAACAAAAAAAGGUAUAUGAAGAUCGUUAUUCGGCUGAUAAAGAAAGAUAUGACGAAGAACUUCGUGCUUAUAGAGCAGGUCAUCAUGCUGAUUCACCAGUUUCAAUAACAUCAAAUGAAGAUAAUGGUGUUUCUCAAAAAAAAUUAAAAGAAUUCAAUUGGAAUGUCGAAGUAGCCGUAGACGAUUAUUUUAAUAAUCAACCUAGCACCACCUCUUGGAGAGGCUUAUCAACAUCUCAAAGUUCAAGUCCUGGAAUAGAUUUAAGAAAACUUGAAGAUGUAUUUAACAAGUACAUAGAUAGGGAAGAAGGCAAUGAUAGGGAUAGAAAAGGAGUAAUUUCAGUGGAUGGAGUAAUAAAAUAUUGUAAUGAUUUGGGAGUUGACCCUGAAGAUGUUGUUAUGUUGGUCAUGGCUUGGCAUCUUAAAGCAGAAAAAAUCGGUGAAUUUAAAUAUGAAGGAUUUAUUGAGGGUUGGUCAAAACUAAGAUGUGAUACACUUUUAAAGAUGCGAGCAGCCAUACCUAGUCUUAGACAAACCCUGAAUGAUGAUAGUAAAUUUAAAGAAAUUUAUCAAUUUACUUUUAAAUUUGGAUUAGGAGAAAAUAAAAAAUCGUUGAGCCUUGAUGUAGCAACUGAAUUCUGGAAAUUAUUAUUGGGAGAUCAUUGGCCACUUCUUGAUAUCUGGUUAGAAUUUGUCAAGGAAAAACAUGGUAAAGCAAUCUCAAAAGACACUUGGAAUUUGCUGCUGGAAUUUGCCAGACAAAUCAAUGAGGAUUUAAAUAAUUAUGAUACAGAGGGAGCUUGGCCAGUUCUUAUUGAUGAG